GUCCACGCGGUCUCUGAGAAGAAAAUAGGAGAUCCGAGGUAGCACGACCGCCUGUUACACGGUCAUCAGUGAUCGGCGCAGUUCCGAACCUUUAGGACGCAAUCCGAGGAUUUUUGUUGGGGACGAUUUUGCAGUUUAUUUGACGGCUUCUCGUACGUGAAGAUCAAAAAGUUUUAUAACCGGCCGUUCAAAACUACGGGACGCCAUAGGGAUACAUUUAACUGCAAACCGACAGUUUUCAUUUUUGCAGCUACACUCUAGGUGCCAGCACAGCGUUCACGAAACUCAGUGGCCCGACAGAGAUAGAAAACAGUUUAACAAACCUGACCGGUACUUAAGCAAGUGCAGCGCAAACGCCAGAGCGCUCGGAUUUUUUUGUCUUCAAGAAAACAUCCAAGUAUGGGAGAGAGGACCCGACCGUGUGAAACUUUAGAGAUAACUUAAGUAAAACAGGGCGAGGUGGCGUCGUCAUCAUCCCGGUGAAAGGAACCAUUAUUUUACUUAGUAGCCUCUAUUGAUUUGGAGUGAGUCAGCCCUUGGCGUUCUGGGAUAUAGGGGAGAGAUAAUGCACCGAGGCAGUCACCGUGAGUGAGAAGUUAGCGUUAACUCAAGUUCUCGGAUAUUGAGGGGGAAAGUGUGCGGAGUCAGUCACUUUGUGGAUACAUUCAAUUUGGUGCGGUGUCUCAUCCCUCGUUAAAUGUGUUAAGAUAACUCGAGGCAAAAAUUAAGGCGUAUGUCGACACUAAUAGAUGGUUUAAUCCUAUCAUCGAGAGACACCGUAUAAAAAUAAGCGUUUAUUGAGGUGAAAUCUUGGAUGGUUUCUUAGAAGUAAAAAAACCUGUAUGUUGUGACUUCGUUAAAAGGGAACAUUUGUAGUAAUACCACAAGCAUUUGAAUUAUUGGAACUUGAAAGGAAAAACUUUAAAAAUAACAGCAUUUAGGUUGUUUAAACAGCAGUAACAUUGCUAAUAGCGAAGAGCAUUAGCCAGAUCAACAGUUGCUACCUCUACCAAAGAAACAAGCACACAGAGCGUUCGUCCUACCAGUGACAACGUGACAGUAUCGGUCGCCCAUGUAAGCAAUAACAACAUGGGUUUAACAUUAUUUGAACGCUGAAACAUUACUCGGAAACAAAACGGGAAAUUUACCAGGAGUAAUAACACGUGGGUCUAUUUUUAUUUGAUUUUCACGCCAUUCACAGGAAUCAAGGAUUAAGUCAGGUGAAAGACACGUUUAUCCAUUGCCUGCUUUUGACUUCCAGGAAAAUUUCCAGGAAUAUUCUUGCACAACGGUGCUGAUGACGCUUAACCUAGGCCACUCUAAGUAAAUGAUAAUUAAAAUGAAUCGGCGUGGACUUUACUAUUUAAUACUUUUAUUUAUACUCAUGAACAUUGUGAUGGGAAGAUUCAGGGGGAACUCUUUCGACAGGGAUGGCGAUGAAGAUGAUGAGGAAAACGAGAAUGACGACACAUCGGCGCCAAUCAGGGUGAAUCCCCAGCUCAGUUGGAGCAACUUUGUCAGCCAUUCAAAAAACCCAAAAGCAGAUAAAAGACAGAAGAAAAAAGGACGAGUGCUGGGUAUUACUGGCCCCCCUGGUCCACCCGGACCCCCAGGACCCCCGGGACCCGCGGGAGCAGCAGUCACCAAAGACAUCUUAAUGAAGGAGUUCAAAGACAUGGUGAAAGAGGUGGCAGAGAGGCGAGCAGAGCAGCUUCUUGCCGUGCGAAUACGAGUCAUGUGUCCCGGAUGUCAGCGAAGCAACUACACGGGGGCGCCACUGGGUCCAGGCAUGUUUGAUCUUGAUGAGGUCACGGUCAUACCAAAAAUAAGCGCGGGCUUCCACUGUCGUCUGCGGAACGCUGUUUCAGUGUCCAGUAAAACAUUCUUAGAAUUAAAAAGAUUUCAAAUGCCAUUUGGCGGCGGUGCCUUUCAAAGAGGUGACGUAUUUGAUUCUAAAGAGGGCCGCUUUACGGCACCACGUGACGGAAUAUACCAGUUCUCUUCCAACAUUCACUUCCGGCACGAUGGUCACAAAAAAGGCAAAAAACGGAGAUUACGGAAAAGGGAUAGCAUCCGAGUGCUGAUAUGCAUCGAGUCAUUAUGUCAAAAGCAUACCUCACUGGAAUACACCACGGGGUUAGAGAGUAACAGUCACGUGUUCACCGUUAGCCUGAACGGUUUGCUGCAGCUUCAGAAAGGCCAAUACACCUCUGUCUACGUGGACAACGCGUCAGCCAGGGACAUUUUCGUGCAGGGGGGCUCAGACUUUACCGGCGUAUUAAUUGGCGUAUAGUGAUAAAUGUGAUGCAAAUUGGCACAUCUACUACUGUUGCAUUUCUGGCGUACUGUUUGGCGUGCAUGGGAAACAAUAAAAAUGUUAGUCACAGCUACCGGCGUGGUGUUCUAAGUGGCGUACUUGGACAACUGUAGGAUCGCCAUAUAUACUGUAAUGACGUCACAGCUGGACACACUGCCUGAUUGUGACUAUUGGGAUCUGCAAUGACUGAUGGUGUGUAAAUUGGACUAUGAUUCAAUUUUGAUAUCAUCGUAUUCAUGCAAAGAUACUUUUUACAUGAGGAUUUCUUAAUGUUAUCUGACUAUAUGACAGCACUGCCUACCACAAUGACGUCAGAGUAGAAGAAAUUGAUGCAUGAUGACAAUCGUGAUAUUGUGACAUCUUCACGAUAGAUUCACUGGCGGUAUCUUAUAGUGAGAAUACUGAUUUUGCCACAUUGACUGCAAUGUCACAAUGGUCGUAUCAAUCAUCCUACACGGCACAAGUAACAGGAGUUACCACGUUAGCUUCAUGGAAGCAGAUGUUGGUUAAUGAGAUGUGGAGUGACGUCACAUUUGCUGUAGUGACAUCAUCGAAUGACGUCACAUCUAUCUCCAAGAUGUCACAUGUACCGAUGCCACUUGUAACAUGAUGCAAUACCAUUGUCACAUUCGAGACGACGUCAAUUUUAACAAAAUGUGUAUAAUUUGAAACAGACAAUGAAUAGUCCGUGGAAAUGAUGAACGAGGAUUCUUAAGGAGAUUUACUUUAUCAGAGGCUUGGAGCAGCCAUAAAUCUGCAAUAAAAUUCCCUUUAUACUGGCUUUUGAAGCAGUUCAGAUACAACGAAGGGAGAAAAUGGAAAUUGAACUUUACUUAAGACCCAAUACGAAUGUUCAGAGAUCUUAGUUCAGCAGUUUCAGUGUCGUGAAUAGCCAUCUUAUUAAUUCUUUCAAAAUGCUAGAAUUUCAUUUCGACAAUUGUAACGCGAAAAGCUUUUGACUGACUGCUAAGACAAUGAAGAAAGGCACACUGAUACACGGAUUAACGAUCAUGGUUGUGGCACAGAGACACGUGCUUUGCAAGUGUCGCAAGUAUAUUAUAGGAACUCGUCCGUGGGCAAUGAGGCUAUGCAAUUGUCAUGCAUAAACUCCUAACUGUAUAUGUGCAUGCAAUACUCUCCAGAUUUCACAAAGAAGAAACAGUACACACGUUCUCAAAAUCUGCGGCAAUGUCAUUACUUCAGGUUCUUUUCAAGCCAAUGGCAUAUCGACGCGGAUCAUGUGAUGGAUUGUUGGGACUCAACAAAGUCACAUGGUAUUUGCCUGUCAAGUUCACUGAACAGCCUAAAUAGCUA